AUGGCCCCUCCUGAGCCCCCCCAGCAGAUGGGUGCAGCUACGAAAAAGAAGAAUAACAAGAAGAAGAAGAACGCAGCGAAGUCGAAGCCGACCGAGGAAGACGCGAAAGCCACCGAAAUACCCCAGAAUGGCGAGUCGCGCGACAAGGAGGGAGAUCAAUCCGACGAUCCGGAUGCUCCAGCCGUGAAUGCCCAACGAGACUCUCCGAACGGUCAUGCCAGGUCAACGUCUACCAAUGGACAACCCUCUGCAGCAUCGCCAUCGAAACCCGUGGUUGAGCAAGCGGACGAGCCGAAAGAGGAUACAGCCAGUGCAGAUACGAGCGCCAGGUUAGAAGCAAUGACGACAGAACGGCAAGCUCUGAGAGCAGAAGUAGAGGAAUUGCGGAAACAACUAGAGGGCAUACAAGCAACACAUACGCAGGAGACGACACAGCUGAAGUCAGACCUGGAGGAAGUCGAGGCGGCCAAGGAGCAUGUCGAGGAGCAGUACCAGACCCUCGUUGGCAGAGUCGAGAAGAUCAAGGAGAGCGUCGGCAACAGAUUAGCCAGAGGAAAAGAGGAGCUAGAAGAAGCGAACCAGCGCAUCGACGAGCUCGAGACACAAAACGAGGAACUCCAGAAGGGCACUCACGGCUUCGAGGACGAGAUCGCGGGGCUCAAGACUGAGCUGCAGGAUGCUACAAGGGAACUGUCUAGCCUGCGGAGUCGGAAUAACCUCUCACAGCAUAACUCCCUGAAAGAGAAGGAGGACAUGACGCGACAGAUCCAGCAUCUGAGGGAAGAGGCAGAAGCGGCCAAAGACGCGAUGGGCGACUGGGAAGUCCUGGCAAUGGAAGAGCGUUCCAUCCGGGAAAGUCUCACCGAGAAGACGGCGGCACUGGAAGAAGAGGUGUCGACGCUCAGGGAUAGUUACGAGCGAGCAGCUUCUGAGCGGGAUAGUCAAUCCCAAGCAGUGGACAGUCUCCAAAGGGCCCUCCAAGAGAUUCAGGAGGCUCGCAAGAAGGAAUUAAGAGAGAUGGUCGAGACAUCCGAGGAACAGCUCCAAGCACUGAAGAAGCUUGUGAAAGAAGCUGAUUCAAGGGCCUCGGUCGCAGAAACUGCGAAAGAUUCGCUGCAGAAAGAGCUAGAGCGUACAGCGCCGUACGAGAAAGAGGUGAAAGAGAAGAAUCUGCUUAUUGGCAAAUUGAGGCACGAGGCUAUCGUCCUCAACGAUCAUUUGACCAAAGCAUUACGGUACCUCAAGAAGUCCAAGCCGGAGGAUAACAUCGACAGGCAAAUCGUUACAAACCACUUCCUCCAGUUCCUCGCUCUAGACCGUUCGGAUCCCAAGAAGUUCCAAAUCCUGCAGGUCAUUGCCGGACUGCUCAACUGGACGGACGAGCAAAGAGAACAGGCUGGACUGGCACGUCCUGGCACGUCCAACAACUCCCUCCGCCUUCCUACGUCUCCAUUCCACAGGACGCCUAGUACGCCGUCCCUCAAUGCCGAAUUCUUCUCGGAGCCCACGCCCACUUCGGCGCACAACAAGGAGUCUCUGGCGGACCUCUGGGCCGGGUUCUUGGAGAGGAGCGUGGACGAGGCAUCACAGGCAGGCGGGUCGAGGAAGGGCAGCAUGUCGAGUAUAGCAACGGGCAAUACCAGGCCAGAGACGAGGGGUGCCCCCUAG